UCCGGUUCCAUACAAACUCUCCCGCCACCCGGGAAGGGCGGCUGUCAGCGUUUGCGUUUUCCCGCGUCUGGGUGCUUGCGAGUGACCAAGAUGCAGUUUUCUGGAGGAAAAAGGAGGAAGCUGAGAUUGGCAGGUGAUCAGAGAAAUGCUUCCUACCCUCAUUGCCUUCAGUUUUACCUGGAACCACCUUCUGAAAACAUAUCUUUGACAGAGUUUGAAAACUUGGCUAUUGAUAGAGUUAAAUUGCUAAAAUCAGUUGAAAAUCUUGGUGUAAGCUAUGUGAAAGGAACUGAGGAAUACCAGAGUAAGUUGGAAGCUGAGAUUCGAAGGCUUAAGUUUUCUUACAGAGAAAACUUAGAAGAUGAAUAUGAACCGCGAAGAAAAGAUCAUAUUUCUCAUUUUAUUUUGCGCCUAGCUUAUUGCCAGUCUGAAGAUCUUAGACGCUGGUUCAUUCAACAAGAAAUGGAUCUCCUUCGAUUUCGAUUUGGUAUUUUACCCAAGGACAAAAUUCAAGAUUUCUUAAAAGAUAGCCAUUUGCAGUUUGAGGCUGUAAGUGUAUUUUUUGACGACGAGAAGGCUUCCCGAGAAAAGGACAUUAUUGCUUCAUCACCAAGUUUAAAUGGGGCUAUCUUGGAGUCAGAGUCGGUUUAUAAGAUCCCUUUUGCUGAUGCUCUGGAGUUGUUUCGAGGAAGGAAAGUCUAUUUGGAAGCUGGCUUUGCUUACGUACCACUUAAGGAUAUUGUGGCAAUCAUCCUGAAUGAGUUUAGAGCCAAACUGUCCAAGGCUUUGGCAUUAACGGCCAGGUCCUUGCCUACUGUGCAGUCUGAUGAAAGACUUCAGCCUCUGCUCAACCGCCUCAGUAAUUCCUACACUGGCCAAGAUUACAGCACACAGGGAAAUGUUGGAAAGAUUUCUUUAGAUCAGAUUGAUUCGCUUUCUACCAAAUCCUUCCCACCUUGCAUGCGUCAGUUACAUAAAGCCUUGCGGGAAAAUCACCAUCUUCGUCAUGGAGGCCGAAUGCAGUAUGGCCUCUUCCUGAAAGGCAUUGGUUUAACACUGGAGCAGGCACUGCAGUUCUGGAAGCAAGAAUUUAUCAGAGGAAAGAUGGAUCCAGACAAGUUUGAUAAAGGUUACUCUUACAACAUCCGUCAUAGCUUUGGAAAGGAAGGCAAGAGGACAGACUAUACACCUUUCAGUUGCCUGAAGAUUAUUCUAACCAAUCCACCAAGCCAAGGGGAUUAUCACGGGUGCCCAUUCCGUCACAGUGAUCCAGAGCUGCUGAAGCAGAAGUUGCAGUCGUACAAGAUCUCUCCCGGAGGGAUAAGCCAGAUUUUGGAUUUAGUAAAGGGUACACAUUACCAGGUAGCCUGUCAGAAAUACUUCGAGAUGACACAUAAUGUAGAUGAUUGUGGCUUUUCUUUGAAUCAUCCCAAUCAGUUCUUUUAUGAGAGUCAGCGUAUUCUGAGCGGAGGUAAAGACAUCAAGAAGGAGGCCGUCCAACCAGAAACCCCUCAACACAAACCAAAUGUCCAGAAAACCAAGGAUGCAUCAUCCGCUCUGGCCUCGUUAAAUUCCUCUCUAGACAUGGAUAUGGAGGGACUAGAAGAUUACUUCAGCGAAUGAUUGUUGGGCGGUUUAGGAGCCCCUUUCCUCUCUAGCCUUCAUUCCUACUUUUACGAUUCUGCCUUUUUCUUUUUUAACUUUGUUCAACUUCUCCCUUCACCCCUCCCCAGUCCCGCCACAUGUACACACACUCACUAGGAAACCAUGUGUGCAGGUAAAAACACAGAACCACGCUAUGUUUUGCUUUGACAAAGGGGAGGAGGAAGAGUUUCUAUUAAAAUCUGUCAUUUGAAUGGUGUGAUUUAAAUCCUGUUUUAGGAGAUAAAAACAGCUUUCUGGACUGAUUAAAGCCCAAAAAUACAGCUAAAACCAUUUUUAUUUUAACCCUUAUCACUUUGUCAUUUUGACCCCAUCCUUUUGCCCAUUUUUGUUAAUAAAUAUCAAAACAUC